AUGAAGUCUUUCAAGAUUUCCUGGGCUGAUCUCACUCCCGAUGGCAUUUUCUCUAUCUCUGAAUUCAUUGAUACCCAUUCAGGCCGUCUCCGUUUUCGUGCCGUCUGUAAUUCCUGGAGAACUACCAUUCCCUCUCCUCAAGAGCAAGUUCUCUUGCCCAAAAAAAUGUAUUUUCCUUCAAACAACGCGAAGGACCAGCUUAACUUGGGGUACGUGUUGUUUCAGUCGACGGUCUACCUUAUCGAAGAUCCAGAGGGCUCUCCGAACGACGGAUGGUUGAUCAUGGUGAGUGAACCAAAUGAACAAGGCAAGUUCUGUUUUCUUAAUCCAUUCACGAUGAAAAAGAUCGAAGGUUUACCAGACGAAUACUUCCCCAAGGAGUUGAACUCGCUCGAGUUUCGCGUCACUGAAGUGUGUAAGAGUUUCACUCUAAAAUGGAUCAGAAAUGAAGCCGCGAAUCCUGCGCAGCCAUUGAAUAACCGUAACAAUGACAACGAACAGCUCAAAAACAAGGCAGUGUUGUCAUCAAACUUUGAAUCAGAUAACUCAUUAUUCGUGAUCAAUGAUCAUAAAGUAUUUUCAGUAACAAUCGGUGAAGACUAUUGGUCACUGGUGAACCGAGAAAUAGAGUAUCGCGACAUCGCAGGCCACAAUGGUUAUGUCUACGUUGUCGAUCGCUUCGGAAUUGUGGUUGCAGUCCAGGAAUCCAGUUACAAUUGCAUCACAAUUCCGGUUCCUUAUCCUUUUUUGGGAGAUUGGUUCUUGGUAAAGUCAGGUGGGGAUCUUCUUCUAGUAGGAAGAGACUAUUCUCUUUGUGAUGAUCAAGUUUAUUAUCAUAACCCCACUGAUAGUUUUAUCAGAAGGCCUGGUAUUCGAGAAGAUAUAUUUGUUGAUUUCAAAAUUCAUCGGCUGGAGGAGACGGAGGAUGGAGAGAAAGAAUGGACGGAGGUUGAAGACUUGGGUGAUACCGUGUUAGUCCUCAGCCGAAAGUGGUCAUUCGCCAUUGAUGCUUCGGACUUUGAUGAGAUUGAAGGCAAUCACAUCAUCUUUGUUGAUGAAGUGAAGUAUCCAAUUGACAGUGAUGAUGAAGAAGACUUUGAUGAUGAGCAGGAGGAACCAGUAGAUGAGUUCUGGGGACUUCUGUUGGAAGAUAUCAAAGUUCGUGUGUACGAUGUCGAAGAAACCUUUGAUAUACCUCUAGAAUAUCAGCCCGAAUAUCAUAAAAUUUUCUGGCCACCACCGGAAUGGUUGAGGCAAUACCGGUCCCCAUCGCCUCAUCAGACUGACCAGUAG